AUGGGAGAGUCAAGACAGGAACUGCUGGGAUGGCUUAAUGGCCUCCUCCAGCUCAACCUGACCAAGGUCGAGCAGUGUGGAACCGGCGCUGCCCUUUGCCAGAUUUACGACAGCAUCUUCCUCGAUGUUCCUAUGAGCCGCGUCAAGUUCAACGUCAACGCCGAAUAUGCCUACCUCGAAAACUUCAAGAUUCUCAGCAACACCUUCCGCAAGCACCAUGUCGACCAUCCUAUUCCCGUCGAGCAGCUAGUCAAGUGCAAGAUGCAGGACAACCUGGAGUUCUUGCAGUGGUCGAAGCGAUACUGGGACCAGUACUACCCUGGCGGCGACUACGACGCGCUUUCGCGGAGAAAAGGUCUUGGCGCAGGUGCAGCUCCGGCAUUGCCACCAACCAAGAGGRCACCAGCAGGAUCGGCGGCGGCUAGGAGACCGGCGGCUGCGGCGUCUGCGCCUCGGACCAGCAGUCGUCAGGCUGCACCCGCUAGCGGCGUGUUGCAGGCGAAGAACGCUGAGCUUAUGGAGACGGUGCAGGGCCUUGAGCGUGAGCGCGACUUCUACUUCAGCAAGCUGCGGGACAUAGAACUUCUCAUCCAGCAAGCAAUGGACGCCGACCCCGCGCUCGAGGAGGACGAGGGUAGCUUGCUCAAGCAGAUUCAGARCAUUCUGUACUCGACGGAGGAGGGCUUCGAAAUCCCACAGGAGGCGGAUGCUGAGGCUGCGGGUGACGAGGAGACGUUUUGA